AUGGUCAUGGGAGGAAAUCCUGGCGGGAGAAGGUCCGUGGCGAAGGAACGAAGCCCACAGGUGCGUGUCUCCAGUCUGGCUCCUCCGAAGCCAGCACCGCACACCAGGCUUCCCGAGCGGCAGCCUAGUCGAGCUCGACCUAUCCCUGCUCCCCACACAAGCCUAGAGGUGCGUGUCUCUAGUCUGACUCCCCCGAAGCCAGCACCACGCACCAGGCUCCCAGUGCGGCAGCCCAGCCCAACUCGUCCUACUCUUGCCCCAAGCACUAGCCCUGAGGUACGUGGGCCUAGUCCGGCGUCCCCUACGCCAGCCCCACGUACCAGGCCUUCAGUGCACGCGCCUCGCCCAGAUGGCACACCGACAGCGUCUCGCCCAGAGUGCCCAGCGACAGCACCUAACCCAGAGUGCCCGACGACAGUGCCUCAGCCCGAGUGUCCGGCACCUAUGUCCGAGAGAGAGUCGCCCUCCAGUCCGACGCAGCCAGAGUCGCCCGUAGCGAGGAUCCCAAGUCCGAGGUUGACAAAGAGGGACCUCGCCCCAGAGUCUGCAAAGAAGAGGGGUGAGCAAGUGGCGGAGCGAGGGAUAUGUCCUGCUCCAGAGCCACCUCCGUAG